ACCGCACCAGCCACCCGCUUUCAACAAUUCGGCAUGGAGGGUGAGGCUGGCAACGGUAAUUGCCCAGAAGAAGCCAAAGGAGAGCGAAGGGAAGGGAGACUCCAGAGAGCAAGCAGCCGGUAUUUGACCCUCAUCGACAGGGUUGCGUCUCUGUGCACCCUCCAGAGAACGGACGCUAUUGGGAACAGCGACGAGGAGAAGGAUUCUGCCGCUGCUCCAGCUACCGCGGCACACCAAACGCGCGACGGGGGAAUGACCCGCAGGAGUCUUCGAAGCUGGAUAGCUGGGCGUCUCGGACAGUCGAGAAAGAGCUCCAACGAUGCAACCGGUGCGUACUUCCUCCACAUGCUGCGGACGGAUUUCCCCGAGAUAUGGGCCGCCGUGGUGGCGGGGACAGUGGACACCGUCAUUUGCGUCCCUCAGAGCACAUCGCUAUCGCAGGAAGAUUUGACAGCCGCGGAGGCAAGGGCGCAUGUCCUGACCCCCUCGGAAGAAGUACCCGGAGACUUUCUCACUCUGGACGGCUGGUCCGUGUCCCUCGUGGGCAAUGAGGUGGUGACUGGGGCUGGGUUUCCAGAAUGGAGGCGUGUGCGACUGCUGCUGUCAGAGGACCUCGGCCAGCACCUCGCUGCGGCGGGGAAAGAACUGCUCUGUCCGCCCACGGCAGCUCCCCGAGAAGCAGCUGAAGCCUCAGCGGAGGCGGCAGCCGAGGUGGUUGCGGGGGUUGGUAGAACGCGCGAUUCCACGACGGGGGCUCUGGGUAAGGAGGGGGUCGGGGGUGCAGGGGUUGGUAAUGGCGGCGGCGAGACGGAAGAAGCAGAUGCUAGAAGGAAGGCGAACUCCAACGCCAAGGUGGUGAAAAUGGUCGAAACGCACGCCGCUGGUGAGAAGGAAGAGCGGGGCGACGCAAGCGGCAAGGCCAAGACUGCCACCACCGUGAGAGGGGGGGAGUCGAGAAAAAGAGAGCGAAAGGUCAGGGUGAUGCAUGUCUCGAGGCCGCUGAUGGGAGGGCUGUCUUGGGCGCCCGAGAACACCGGGGAGCUGGACAUGAUCACCGUGGACAAGUACACGGCCGUCCUCAAGUCUUACCCUGAGGUGGACGGCAUGUUCGCGGAGAUGGACAGCUUCGCCAAGGCCGUGCUCGGCUACUGCUCCAAGAACCUAGCGGCUCGCGCGGGCUCAAGUACCGCCGGCGGCGGUAGUGCUCGUGCCAGCGACGCGGCCGCUAUCAUCAACGGUCUCGGUGCCGAGCAAGGCCACCCGGGGGGCGGGGGGGGCUUCGGCGAAUCCAAGAGUGACGAAGGGCGGGUGCGGCAGCCGCGGUCGCGAAGGCCCCAGGAGGAGGAGCUUUGCGCCGUCAUCGCCGAGCAAUGGAGGUUGACCGCGGCCACGCUGACCCGCUCGCGGUGCGUCAAGGGCAACGGCGACGCGGAGGCGAUGGAGCGCCGCGAGGUAUACGUACCUGGGAGUAGAGAUUUCGAAGGAGUGCUCAUGGGACGCACACAUAACAAAGUUGAUUGGGAAGGGUAUNCGGUGCAGAUGGCAGCGGCCAAGAAAAUACUAGGAUGUUCAAGUACAACGAGCAACACUGUAUUGAGAGCAGAACUGGGAAUGUACUCUCCUAAAACAAAGAGAGACAUGCAAAAGUUGAAUUGGCAGUACAAGGUACGUAGAAUGUCGGACGAUAGACUACCAGCCAUGGUUGACAAGGCAGCUUGGGGAAAAGCGACUCCAGGGAAGAAAGCAAUCAGAUGGGACAAGGUGGUAGAGAGGGUUUGGAAGGAGAGAGGAGACGAGGAGGAGACAUUGGACACGGAAGGGUUUGGGGGGUUCAAGAAGAAUGUCAAGGAAAUGCUAGAAACUAGGGAGGAGACAACCCUUCGGGAGAAGGUACGAAGCGAAGAUCACUUGGAGACAUACGGGAAGUUGAAAGAAGGGAUAGGGAUGAAGAGUUACUUGGACGGUCCCAUGGACUACGCAAAAAAACUGAAGUUGCAAUUUCGAGUAGGCGAUCUGGACUUGCCAGAACGGAGGAAGAGGAAGGAAAGAGAGGAUCUCGAGGAGGACAUGAGACAGAGAGGGUGUGACAUGGACAAAUUUGGUAAAUUAGACAACAGCGAGAAAACGAUCGCGGUAAUUGGGGAUAGAUGGUGGGCACAAGAGGCCGUAGAGGACGGGGAUAAGACAUGUAAGAAAU